GGGGGUGCACAGAUGCCAUGUGCCUUUACAUAACAGCAGCUGGCUCCGGAUACAAUUGGAUGAGAAACCGCUGGCAGCAGCAGCUCCAGUCCACAGACUACAUAAUAUGAGGGAUCCAGAUAGUAGGAACCUCCAGGGAACCUUACGAGAACGUUGCUGUUUGUUGGGGAAAGUGAGGGAAUGACUAAAUAAUAAGGGGGCAUCUAGCAAACCUUCAGAGAACCUCCAGAGAACGUUCUCUAAAUGUUACUGCUCGUGUGUUGAGGGAAUCAGCAAAUAAUAUACCAUCAAGGAACGUUACCCAGAGGUUCCCUGAAUGUUACUGCUUGCCAAGCUUUCAGCGAACGUGACCUGAGUGUUCUUUGAAGGUUCUCUGAAGGUUACAGUGUGCUGAGGGUGGUGAGGGUUGUUUACUUCGGAGCCUCGCUGCUGCAGAAACGUCGCAUCCCGCUGAGCUGCUGUCAGGUGUCCUGCAGGAGGGUGUGUUUGUUUACUAGCCCUACCUGCCGCUGCCCGGUAGGCGGUGUUACCGGGGGGUGUGCGCGGCGGAGGGGUGCGGGGGGGCGGAGCCGCUCGGACAUGAGUAAAUGACGUCAGCUCCCAGGUCGCCGAGCAGAGAAACAACAUGGCGACAGAAUGGAGCGGGCAGCAGGGUUACAUUCUCACCGUCAUCAUCUGCCUGUGGAGCGCCGUCGGCGGCCGCACAGAGACAGCGGCAACGGCGGCGGCGGCGGGGUCCGGCGGCAGGGGCAGCGGCGGCGGCAGCCAGGUGCUCGGCAUGCGGCUGGAGAGAAGCGACAAGCCGGCCAGCACCAAUGACGACGGUGUCAUCCAGGUGACCGAGGAGAGCUCCGUGCAGCUCCGGUUCUACGGGCUGCAGCUCCACUCGGGCGCCUGGACGCAGAUCCGCUUCACGGAGCUGACAGACGGCGGCGGGGACGAGGAGGAGGAUGAGGAAGAGGCGGCAGCGGUCAGGGGCGGCAGCGGCAUGAUGGACGCGCCGGACAGGACUUGUGCUGAUUUCACGAAGGACAUCACCGUCGGGACCUUCAUGAACGUGAGCCAGCGGGGCACGUCGGGGCUGCUCAGCCUGCACAUUAAGCCGCUGCGCAAGAGCGAGCUGCAGAAGGAGUACGCGGUGUGCACCCUCAGCGCGGCCGGGGACCGCUGGGUGCUGCUGGGGGACAGCGAUGGCAGGCUGCUGGUGCUGGAGGAGAAGAAGUCGCUACUGCCCAUGUGGCUGCAGGUGAUCCUCAUCUCCUGCCUGCUGGUGCUCUCCGGUAUGUUUAGUGGCCUCAACCUGGGGCUCAUGGCGCUGGACCCCAUGGAGCUGCGCAUCGUGCAGAGCUGCGGCACCGACAAGGAGAAGAAAUACGCACGAAAGAUCGAGCCGAUCCGCAGCAAGGGGAACUACUUGCUGUGCUCCCUGCUCCUGGGGAACGUGCUGGUCAACACCACCCUCACCAUCCUGCUGGACGACCUGAUCGGCUCGGGGCUGGGCGCCGUGGUGGCCUCCACCAUCGGCAUCGUCAUCUUCGGGGAGAUCGUCCCGCAGGCGCUGUGCUCCCGCCACGGAUUGGCCGUGGGAGCCAACACAAUCAUGGUCACUAAGUUCUUCAUGUUGCUCACCUUCCCGCUGUCUUUCCCUGUCAGCAAGCUGCUGGACGUGCUGCUGGGUCAGGAGAUCGGCACCGUGUACAACCGGGAGAAGCUGGUGGAGAUGCUCAAAGUGACGGAGCCCUACAACGACCUGGACAAAGAGGAGCUCAACAUGAUCCAGGGCGCGCUGGAGCUGCGGACCAAGACCGUGGAGGACGUGAUGACCCCGCUGGCCAACUGCUUCAUGAUCCAGGCGGACGCGGUGCUGGACUUCAACACCAUGUCUGAGAUCAUGGAGAGCGGAUACACCAGGAUCCCGGUGUACGACGACGAGCGCUCCAACAUCGUGGACAUCCUGUACGUGAAGGACCUGGCAUUCGUGGACCCGGACGACUGCACCACGCUGAAGACCAUCACCAAGUUCUACAACCACCCGGUGCACUUCGUGUUCCAUGACACGAAGCUGGACGCCAUGCUGGAGGAGUUCAAGAAAGGUAAAUCCCACCUGGCCAUUGUCCAGAAGGUGAACAACGAGGGCGAGGGGGAUCCUUUCUAUGAGGUGCUGGGAUUGGUCACCUUAGAGGACGUCAUCGAGGAGAUCAUCAAGUCGGAGAUCCUGGACGAGUCCGAUCUCUACACCGAUAACAGAAACAGAAAGAAGGUGGACCCCAACAAAAACAAGCGAGACUUCUCAGCCUUCAAGCACGACAGCGACAGUAAAGUGAAGAUCUCUCCUCAGCUCAUGCUGGCGGCUCAUCGUUUCUUGGCUACAGAGGUGAGCCUGUUCAGCCCGUUCCAGAUCACAGAGAAAGUUCUGCUGAGGAUCCUCAGACACCCAGACGUCAUCCAGGAGCUCAAGUUCAACGAAAACGACAAACGGUCACCGCAGCACUUCCUCUACCAGAGAGGCAAACCUGUAGACUACUUCGCGCUCAUUCUGCAGGGACGGGUGGAAGUGGAAGCUGGAAAUGAAAACAUGAAGUUUGAAACUGGUCCAUUUUCCUACUAUGGAGUCAUGGCUCUAAGCAUGCCGUCACUGGCCGUCACCCCUCCUCUCUCCCCGUCAGUGGCGUCCCCCCCUCCACGACGCCUCUCUCUUAAGAGGUUUUCUCUGUUCUCUCGUUUCCCAGAGUUUCGUUCUCCAUCACACGGGGGCAACCUCAACCGCUCGGCAUCUCUGAGCUGCACUGAGCGCGCUCCGGAGAGCGGCUCUGUUGGCGGGAGCAACACUCAGAUCCCUGGCACCCCCUUCCAGUACAUCCCAGACUUCUGUGUCCGAGCUCUCACAGACCUGCAGUUUGUCAAGAUCACUCGUAACCAGUACCAGAACGGUCUCCUGGCCUCCAGGCUGGACAGCUCGCCACAGUCUCCAGACGGCAGCCAUACUCGCCUGGACACAUCUGUCUCGUUGCCCCCCGUGACGCCGCCAGGGAUUCGCACACCACUGCCGCUGGCCACGCCUCCCGCUAAGCGUCCGCCAUCCAACGCUCAGCCGACGCCACCUAGCGGCCGCAGUGCUCUGCCUCAAGGCACCUCUUCCUCCGGUCGCAGGCCCAGCCAGUCUUUGCCCCAAGCUACCCCUCUUCCAAGCAACCACACCCACCUCUCCCAAACCCCUCCCUCCUCUAUAAGCACAGUGCCGUGCUCCCUGAACCCCCACCCCACCCUGCCCUCAAAACCCCGGCAGUCCCCGCCCUCUGCCGGCCCAGAGAACGGGCCAGGAGAGACCACCACUCUGCUCAGUGAGCAGCAGAACUGUGUGGGCCCCCGCCGGCCCAGCCACCCCCAGCCGCACCCCCACGUCCACACCAUCAGUCACGCACACACUGAGAGCACCAUCUAACUACUGUCCCUGUGGGGAAACGAAACUACCUGUGCACUCACUCACAUGUAACUCACACUGGUACUACUUCAUGUUCCUGCUUGUUGUCUCCUGAACUUUUCUGUUUAAGGGAAGCUGAGGAUCAGCAGCACAUCAGAGACCAACACAGAUCCUCCUGUGUCCCUCCCUGCAUGUUCCCAUCCCAACACUGAAAAAGACCAAGGAGAGAGUACAGCGAUGAAGCGGGGAACACUAGUGAGUAUGGUUAGAUACAGUAUGAAGACGGGUUGUGUACUGUAUGUGUGUGUUCUUAAAGAAUUAGUUCACCCAAGUUAUAUACUUGCUUGCAGAUACCUUUUUUUUGUGUAGGUUUUGAGAUUUCUGCCUCCAUCUCAGUACAAUGAAUGUGAAUGGGAUUAAUUUUAUGGUGCUCACAGUUUUGGAAUAUUGCAGUUUUUUUAAAAAAAACUGCUGGUUGCUCACUUUAAAUUUUAAAAAAAAUAUGUAUUUCUUUUUCUAUCCUAUAAAAAUAUCUGCUCUAAAAAGUGUUCACAUAAACAUAACUGGAUGUUGUUUUUGGAGAGACAAAUUUCUGUUAAAAUCAAACAUUUUGCAAGAACUUGUAUUCUCAAACAUAAUUUGGCCAAAGCAAUGAUUAACAAAAAGAAAAAAUGAUUUUUGAUUUGCAGCGAUAACGUCUGCUAUAUUAGUGUAAACUCCAGUGCGUGAAGUUCGUAGUAUAUCCACCAGGGGGCAGAUUAGAUAUUUUUAUUUAGUAAAGUCUUUGAACUUUCUCCGAUCUCUACAGAACGACAACAUUCUGCUUAAAAAGGGUUUUAUUAUGUUUGAAAAAGUAGAACAUAAUGUGCACUAUAGAUGCAGUAUUGUCAUUCUCAGUCGAAAGUGAAAAGAAGUUCAAUUUUGUUUUUCCAUUACAAAUUUUUAAUGUUUAGAACGGCACAAACAAAAUCCCAUUUACCUCCAAUGUAUUUUAGUGUCCUCACCACAUCAGUCUCUAGAUUCAUGAAGAAAAGUGAAACACUUUCAAAUUUUAGUUCAACUUCAUGUUUUUUUAAAAUCUAAUUUUCCACUUUUUGUGCAGCAAGCAAAAUCCCUUUAGCCUCUUUUGUAUUUGUUUGCGGAUGUUUUGUCCACAUCUAUAGACAAAAGUGAGCAGAAUUGAGAUCAUCUUGAACUUCCCUCUGGGUUAAUAAAGUAUCUAUCUAUCUGUCGUUCAGCUUUCUGUAUAUCCGCUGCAAUUUUCCAUGUUUUUAGCAGAACAACAAAACCCUUUUACUUCCAUUGUAUUUCGGAGGCAGACACCUCACAACCUCAGCACACAGAACGGAAGCUACCUGCUUCCUGUUGGUGAUUUAUGUGAACUGACCCUUUAAGUCAUCACUGGUAAGACGAUAACGAUCAUCAGCGCUGUAUCCCUGCUACACAGUUUACUGUUGAGUUUUCAGUUGUUUUUAUUUAGUUUACCUCUAAGUUUGAUUUGAUUUUACCAAAGAGGAAAACUUCUAAAGGUUUUAAAGUUGGCAAUGAAGUUUUCAUUUUCAAUAAGUUUGAUUUUACUUAGGUUUCCUGUUCUUUGACAGUUUCUUGUGUUCUUUGAAACUGAGGCGGCUUUAAAUAAGUCAGAGUUGUGACAGAUGUGAAAGAACUUGUCUGUGUCAAUUCAGCUACCAGCAAAAAAGACCAGAUUCACUGUACUGAGUGACUCCUGCGGGCUGAGGAGAAAGUUAAACUACCACACUGCUGUUGAUGCAUGUUUUAAACCACUUAAAUGAAAUUGCUUCAUAUUUCUGAGCUUUUGCAAACCAUACUGGACACAUUUCUGAAAUUUCAGGGAGCCUUUGGAUUUUGUUAAUUUGUGCAUGUGAGGAAAAUCAGUUUUUAGGCGUGAGUUCAUCUUGCAUCUGUAUGUUUUUGUCCAAAUAUGAAUAUUUGUAGGAGAUAACAGCUCAGUAUGUACCUGAACUGCAUUACUACACAACAAAAAGAAGGCAGAGUUAAUGUUAAACAUGUACAUUUUACAUUUUGUUCACUAUUCAAUUAAAUUGUAAAUAUAGAUGAAUAACUUGAAUAUUUUGAUUUUAUUUUCUAUUUUUAUUCUUAUUUUUUAAAUUCUUGAAUAUGUCAAUUUAUUAACAAAAUAUUGAAAUAUAGUAGAAGUGUAAAUAUUUAGAAAAAAAAUGCCCUCUUCCAUUUUAAAACUUAAGUCUAUGAGUCAAUUAUUUGAAGACUGACAGAAAAUAAUAAUUAAUUGGCCAAUUUAAUUCGGUUAUUUGAAGAUAUAUUUUCUUCCACGUAUUUUGUUUUUAUUAAAUUCACUAACAAAAAAACAUUUGUAGUGUACACACGUUUAAAAUAUAUUUUUUCUCGCAUAUUUAACUCAAUUAUAAAUCCAUCAUUCAAAAGCAAUCAAAUUUAAUUAGAACAUUUACUUGUAUAUAUUUUUUACUUAGCUUUUUUGGCAUUUGACGAUUUAGUCAUUGUCAAUAAUAUUACAAAAUACAAAGUAUUUAUAUCUCAUAGAAAUUAACAACCAAUGGCUGCCUGAAAAGUACAGAAAAAAAAGAAAUUAGCAGCAAAAAAAAGAAAUUAGCAGCAUGCAAUGCAUUUAAUAUAAUUCCACAUCAAUUGUAACUAAGUGGUUAAAAUGUGCAAAAACAGUGGUGUGGUCCUUUAAUGCAAUAAUACGAGGGAUGUGAAGGUGGUUUGUCGUCCUGGCUUACCUCUUAAAGGCAAUAUGUUUUAAAUUAUUUAAUUUUCAAGAGUGAUGUUGAAAUAUUUAUUUUACUUAAUAUUAAUUUAUAUGUAUUUGAAAUUUGAAUUGUUUUAUAUUUUAGAGUUUUAAUUUAUUUUUUGCUUUCUUUGGUUCUUGAAAUCGUUGUAGCAGAAGUUCAAGCUGCACAAAUGCCGUUUAUUGUCUUCCACCUCAGCAUCUCCACUAAAAAUCCCUCACUGUGAAUACAGUUUGGUGCAGCUCCAGCUCAAAGCUUCCCAGCAUACAGACACGAGGAGUUAACCAAACUGGAUCUUAGCUGGUUGCAACACUGUGCGUUCACUGACAUGUCAAAACUCCUGGUUAUAAAUUACAUUGAGCUUUCUUAUUCAUUUCCACCAAGUUAGUAUGUGUUCAGGCUGACACUGCUUAAUAAUCAACAAGUGGCACAAAGACCAAAUAACCCAGAGCAACAAGUGUGCUCACAGCUUUCAGCAGGAAGUAUGUUCACAGCACAGUUGGCUGCUUUUUAAUUACAUACCAUCUGCUCUGCAAGUUUAUUUAGGGCUUUUCUGCAUAUUCUGCCCAAAUGUAAUACUGGGCCUGAUAAACAGAAACUGAACCAAACAAUAAAAACGAAGUCUGUCUGCAGUACUCAAAUUUUUAGGAGCACUUUCAUGUCUGUGUGCUAAAUAAACAGCUAGAGUGAGCAGCUCUUGGCUUAGCUUUAAUACUCUAAACAGGCCACGUUUGAGCACCUCUAGGACUCACCAAUUGACAACAUAAGACGUUUUUUCCACUGCGUGAAUUUGAGACGGGUGUCUGGUGAUGUAAACAUUUACAUAAGUGGCCCAGCAGCUGCCUGUUUCAGUUAUUCUCUUUCCUUUGCAAUGUAGGAUCUUACAGCUUUUGCUGCGAACUUAACUCAGAGUGCCGCAAAACAACUGUGAAUAGUAGUUACUGAACAUAACUCCAGUUGAAUGAUCACAUACGAAAUAAAACAAAGAGGAGGUUUGAUAUUUUGGCCUUGAGAUGGAUUGUGACUAUUGGUGGGUUGAUUGGAAUCGGAUUAGCCACUUUGGGAAGAUGAGGUAGUUUUUUUCUGGGUUAUUAGGCACAUUUUAUGUUGAUGAGGGCGAUGUUGGAAGGUAGAAGACUGCUGCUCGAUUUGGAUUUCAGACCAACACGGCUGUUUUUCAGGGUCGCCCAGACAUACCUGCCCUGGAGUAGGUUCUUUCUUCUCAAUCUGAAAACAGCCAUGAAUGAGGUUCUGCAGGGCUGGUUCUGCAUUCAGAACAUGCAACAACUGCUUUCAAACAAGUCACAAGUUCCUGCAGUGGAAAACGAUCUAUAGAGUAACCAGGAGCUACAGAGCGUCUUUGCAUUAAAGCAGUCAUUUGUUUACUUGUCAGAUGGUUUGUCUUUAACAUCGUCAGUCAUAAUCUGGAAGCGCUCCAACACUGUCUGCCCCCACCUCACCGCUUUGUUAACCUUUGAGCUAACACUAAGCUGCUGCGUUAAGGAUUGACAGCUGAAAAUCAGGGUAGGAUGUUGGAAACACUCACAGCACAAUUACUGGUUGACAUUUGAUGGACUACAAACAUUCCACUGCAUGUCUUCCCUUGACUUCACACCACUUCCUGCUGAAACAGUCCUUGUCCUCCUAAGACAUUCCAGACCAGGGAUUAAUUCUUAUACUUGACCCGAUGUGAAAUACAUUUUAACGUGUGUGUGUGUAAAUGUUGCUGUAUCUGUUCAGAAAGCAUGUGGAGGACGUUUGGUUGUGUUCCUUUGGAGAAGAGAUAAAGAGAUUAUCAGACUGAGGCAGCUCACUCCUCACCCUCUGUGGGUGACGGACUGAGCGCGAUGCUAAAGCUGCUAGCAUGUAAUCUACCUAUUUUUUCCUACGUAUGAAACUAACUGUAAAGUUGAACUAUUUUGUUGAUGAUAUAGUUAAGGAUAUUUAUUUGAAAAAGAUAACUGCUGUAUAAGCUAGCACUGAUUUGAAAACACUUUAAACUUACAAGUAGCGUAAAUCAGAACAAGUGAGUAUUUCAAAACAUCUCUCGUUUUUUCGGAUGACUUUCAGUGUACUGGAUUACCUACCUGACAAAUCCUUCUCCUGCCCGGGGACCCCAAGUACCCCAGAGUCACUGUGUAUCCACUAGUUUGUUAUAACAAAAACCUAACAGUUAAGGCUUUAUUAUCUUCUGUUAAUCUAGCUUAAACAGCUUCAUUUAGGAGUGUAAUGACAAACGAAAUUUAAGGUUCAGUUUUUGGGAAUCUUUCUGACCCCAAUUCUUCUCAAAUGUUGCGAACAGUCAAUAACCGUGUUUCCAUGACUUAUUUUAUGCACAUUUUGGAGUUAUAGGCUCUGGGGAGGUUUUUAUGACCAAAAAGGAUUCAUAAUAAAAAAGGGUGAAGCCGAAUUUGUUUACAGUUAUACAGCAGGUCUUCAAUGAUGGAGGUAGAUGAGAAAAAGGCUUUUUGGGCCACUGGAUUUUAUUUUCAUUGCAAUACCAUGACUAACAACUGGGACAAGCUAAAAAUCACACAGUGUCAGCAGCUGUAAAGGCUUACCUUUAUCAUCAAUUGAUCAAAAAAAGAUCAAGAAUUAAAAUAACUAUUUGUUGGAGCCCUAGCUAGCCUGCUAUAAGGUUGUAAGUAACAACUGAUGCACUGCCAAAAUGUUCCAGGUGCUUUGGAGUUUUUAUUCCAGAAGGUAAAUACAUGAAUUUAAUUAGGCUUCUGCCCAAAAUGAACGUUUCAUACAAUUACGCCCCUACCUCCCUUCAUUAUUUCAAUUUUGUGCUCACAUGAUUGAGAUUUCAAAACUGAUUUGGAACUGUGGAGCAAACCUGUAGCCAUUCCUUAGAAAUACCAGACACAAAGGGGUGCCUGGCAGCACAUUUUUGCCCAGGGGCCACCUAAAAGGUAAAUCUGGCCAUGGAGAAGAUUUACACUGUGUGAAACCAUAGAUUUUAUUCAGCAGGAUGUUUCAGUUUACUGAGCUGAAAACCUGUGUAAAAUGCAGAUGUAUAGUCGACAUAGCCUUACCCUCACCCUCUAUUUCAAAAAAAAAAAAAAAAUAGACCUGUCUGCUGGUUCAUAGGUCUCAUGUAGCAAUUUGUUCUGUUGGUUUCCAGUGAAGCCACUGGUUGGCUGUGUGACUACCAGUUUGUGUACUGGGAAAUGUGAAAACUUACUUUGUAAGACUGUAUUUAUUGUAAACAUUGUAUUUAUGUUUUUUUUUUGUGCACACGGUUCUGUGAAAUGGGCUUCCAGCUGUGAGUCGCAGCUCUUAUUGGGUUAUUUUGCCCAAAAACACUGUGUUCAGUUUCCUGAUUGCUGUUUGUGUUAUAUUACUGUAAAUACUCUGUACAUUAAUAGAUGCUGAGAGAUCUAUUGGAAAAAAUAGCUCUAUUUAUAAUGAGAGAAGAUGGUGUGUUUUAUUUCCCUUGUUUUACUAGGAAGGCAUUGCAUAGCAAUAAACAUUGCACAGAGUUGACCUAUUUAUUAAUUUAUUCCUGCUAUCUUCUGUAGCUUUCUUCUCUUUUUAUUUGUCAUCAGACAUAAUAACUAAAGCUUUUUUCUCUGCCAAAAUCUCUCCUUUUCCUUCGUCUCUCCUCCCACACUUCCCUCUCACUCUUCCUCAUCUAUUUUUCACCCUGCCCUCGUCACGACUCCUCUCGUGCUGCGUUAAAGUAUUGAAAUUCCUCUGGCUUUGACUGCCAGUCUGAUAUGCUAAGGCAUUUUUAUUGUUCAGACCCUUUUCUGUUAUCAAGAGGGCAGCGGGGCUUAUCAGCGACUCCUGCAGUGUUGUUUUUUAGGCCUGCAGUGGUGUAAUGAUUAGACCUGUAUGAAGGUUAAAUAUUUUCAGCUGCAGAGUGCGUUUUCCAUACUGUAUAUCAUUCACAGGUAAAUUGCGUUGAACUGUACAAAGUGAAGAGAGAAAAUCGCAUCUGCUCUCAUCCUGUUUAGAUAUAUAGGUCAGACAGUGUUUGUUAUGUUUCAGAGUUGCAGUGGUAUGAGACAGACCUGAAAUACAAAAAAACGAUACUUAAAAUCCAGGCCUUGACUUCAUAAAUUCUGUUUUCCCUUUUCCUUUCCCCAGGCUGUGCACAGCAGAUGCAGAAUACCUGUUUGGCAGGUUUUAAUAUUCAUACUCGGCUGCAACAUGCUUGGCUUUUUUGUUUGUUUAAUUUUGCAGGGGUUUAGCAGAGAUGGAGGAGCACUUCUAAACAUGGAUUGUGUAACUUAAAGCAAUGUGUAUAUAAUGUUUUAUAACUACUGUAAGGCAUUUGAAGAAUCUAUGAGGUUAAUAAACCUGAGAUAUAUUUCUCUACAGAA